AGAGGCCCUUUUGUAUUUACAGAAAUCUUUCGAAAGUUACAUGCACUUGGAUUCUAUUUGUGGGUUUGUGUGGUUUCAAUAAUCAUCAUUCACCGGAAAAUGAGAUUUUGUAUUGUGUGCGGUAAUUCUGAAGACGACGUAAAGCAUUUAUUUUGCUUUCCCCGUAGCACAGACAGGUCGCAAAUAUGGCAGGAAGCUAUGGGAAUGAAAUAUAGACCACUAUGUGGCCAUGUUAGAAUCUGCAAUGAGCAUUUCACAAAAGAUAGAUUUGUGCCGUGUACCUCAGUUUUACGUUUGAAAGCUGAUGCAGUGCCCACAAUUCUGGAAGUCCAGAAGGACCAUGUUAUGAAGGGACUCGACCAGAUAGCAAAUAAAAAAGUAAACAUUAUAUCCCAAUAUAUAAUAAAGCCAGAACCACAGACUCUUUUGGAUACCAAAUCAUUAAGUAAUGCAAACAGUGAAGUUACUGAACAUGAGAAAACAAAUUCCUCGCAGUCACCAUCCCAACGGGCUGUCACACCAAUUUCAAGUACAGUUAGAUGUAGAAGGACUCUUUUUAAGGACGUUGAAGGCUUGUGUUCAACACAGAUAACACCAAGAAAGCAAAAGUUGAUGGUUAUUGUGAAGAGGAAGCAGGGUCGCAUAAGAAAAUUACAAAAAGUUUGCAAACAAAAAGGGAAAAGGAUUAAAACUUUAGAAAAUAUAGCAAUGAAUAAUUGUUUCAAAGGCAUGCCAUCUACCAUAUCUAACUUUAUGAUGUCUCAGAUUCGUUGUGCCAAGCGCUCGCCACAUGGAAGACGGUGGACACUGGAUGACAAAAUAAUGUCUUUAGCGAUUUAUAAACGAAGCCCAAAAUGCUAUGCUUUAUUAGAACGUCUCUUAGUACUUCCAUCAAGAAGAACACUUUUUUCAUUACUGCAGAGCAUUCCUUUCGAUGUGGGAAUUAAUGAACGCCUUUUCCUUCAUCUGGGGCACUGCCUUCAACGAUUUGAUGAAAAGGAUCGUUUUUGCACGCUGGCCUUUGAUGAGAUGGCAAUAAGGGAAUUUGCCGAGCAUGGAAACAACCUCUUGCCUAUUACUUUACAGCCAACGGCGUUUCUGCACAGAAAUUGCAGUGUGUACUGAGAGAGGUGUUAGAUGCUGCGAGUAAGGCUCACAUUCCCAUAGUGGCCACCAUUUGUGACAUGGGCACUGCUAACGUGAGAGCUAUAAAAGACAUGGGAUCAGACAUUAAUAAUCCUUACUUUGUGCACAAUGAAUUGAAAAUAUUUACCAUAUUUGAUGUGCCACAUCUAUUGAAA